AUGGGUGAAACACAACAUAAGACGAUUGCUCUGCCAAGGUCCGGUGUCAAGUUAUUCUACCGUGAGCAGACCGCAGCCAUCGAUGCACCAGUGAUUCUUUUACUUCACGGCUUUCCAUCCUCCUCCCACCAAUACCGCAACCUGAUUCCACUCCUAGCAGUGAGAUACAGAGUCAUUGCGCCGGAUCUUCCCGGAUUCGGUUUCACGGAAAUUCCAUCAACCUUCAAAGUGGACUUUGCAAGCCUAGCAACCACCAUUGGAGAAUUUAUUGAUCAACUGUCCAUCUCCCACUUCGCUAUGUACAUCUUCGACUACGGCGCCCCUACUGGGCUACGACUCGCUCUUGAAAGACCAGAAGCAAUCACAGCAAUCAUCACGCAAAAUGGAAACGCGUAUACGGAGGGAUUUGGUGACGUCUGGGGUCCUAUCCAGGACCUCUGGGCCAACCAAAACGCCAAAGAAAAUCGCGAGAAAGUUGCUGAAGCGUUACUGACUCUGUAUGCUACCAAGUUUCAAUAUGAGGAUGGCACGCCUGAUAUCAGUCGCAUUGCACCGGAGUCGUACUUUCUUGAUCAAUCCUUAAUGGAACGUCCUGGGAAUAAGGAGAUUCAGUUGGACUUGUUUUACGAUUAUCGCAAUAACAUUCUCCUCUAUCAGGACUUUCAGAGAUACUUUCGAGACUCGCAGGUUCCGCUUCUUGCGGUUUGGGGUAAGAAUGACAAAUUCUUUAUUCCUUCUGGUGCUGAGGCUUUUAAGAGGGAUUUGCCUAAUGCGGAAAUUCAACUCAUCGAUGCUGGUCAUUUCGCUGUGGAGAGUGAUACGGAUUAUAUUGCAAGAGAGAUUUUGCGGUUCUUUAGCAAAAAUGGCAUUUGA